GGGUGUUUGUGAUUUAGUAAGAAACCGAGGGCUAUUUUGGUGAGAAACUUGUGUACAUGUUUGAUGCCACGCUAUUAAAAUUGUUUAGGGAGAGACACUUAUUAAUUCUCAAACAAACUGCAGUUUGAUUUAUAGUUAUUCAUUGGAGAGCAACUCAAGCGACAUACAGAGAAAUUCUCCUUAGCUUCUCCAAAAAUUUUUUCAACUGAGAAAGACUGAAGAUGGGUUAUUGGAAAUCAAAGGUUCUUCCAAAGAUCAAGAAGGUUUUUGAGAAGGAUAGCACCAAGAAAGCUGCAGCAGCUGAAGCUUCCAAGUCCUUUGAUGAUUCCAAGGAAGAAAUCAAUAAAGAGUUUGAAGAGAAGAAGACAGAGAUCCAACCUAAAGUGGUUGAAAUCUACGAGGCUUCCUCUGCUGAAAUCAAGGUCUUAGUUAAAGAAGCAAAGGAGCCUGGAUUGAAGAAACACUCUGCCGCAGUUCAGAAGUUCAUUGAUGAGCUCGUCAAGAUCGAGUUUCCGGGAUCAAAAGUAGUGAGCGAAUUAUGUACCAAGUUCGGGCCACCUUUGGCUUCGGGCCCAAUCUUCUUCAUAUUCGAGAAGGUCUCAACGUUCAUCCCUGCAGAGAAGAAAGUGGAGAAAACUGGAGAAGAAGAAACAAGCACCAAAGAUAAGGAGAUUGCUGUUGAGCCAGCCAAGGUGGCGGAAGCCGAGAAGACUGAAACCCCAGCCCCGGCUGAGACGGCCAAGGUGGAGGAAGCAGCACCAGCAGCUGAACCUCCCAAGGCUUGACGGUCAGGAGAUCAUCCAUGGAUAAUCAAAUCAUCAUCACCAAGUAAUAUUUAUUUGUGUAAAUGUUUUUUUUUUCCUUUCUGAAAAAAAAAACAUGAUUUGUUAUUCUUUAUUAUUCCAAUAUAUUUGUCCCUUGUAAUAUAUUUUGGGUUAGUUUGUUCUUCAGGUUCUUGUCAAUUAUUUGCUUUUGAUUUGGAAUGUUGUGAAUUUAUGAUGUAUCAAAGACAAAGGUGAUUGUAAUAUAUUAAUUCUCUUUUUUAUGUAGAAUACUGUUUGGC